CUUCAACGGCUCUGACACCUACCAGACGCCUUCACUCGCCUGUUCGCGGUCACCAUGAGCCCGCGCAGUCGCUCUUGCUGCAAGACUGCACCGCUCCUCAGCCUACGUCCACUACGCUUCGAAGCCUGAUCUCUCGUGCUUGCCUGCUUCCCUGCCUGCCUUCCUCUCUCUCUCCCUCUCGCCCUCCCCCCUCCCUUCCUGCCUGCCUGCCUGCCUGCCUGCCUGCCUUCCUGCCCGCCCGCCUGCCCGCAAUGGCGUCUCCCGACUCACCAGCGUCUUUGGAAAGCAGCAGCAGCAGUAACAGCAGCAGCUCGCGCUCCUUCAACCCAAACCGCCCGCAAACCCUGGAGGAUCUUGUGAAUCACUUUGUCGCAUCAAAGCGCUCGCUAAACACCCAGACGGUGCUCUGGCGAGCCAAUGACAUCGUCACCUCUGCGCGCGAACUGCUGGAGGAGAACGCCAUUCUCGCAGCCAAGAACGCGUCCAUUAGGAAUAUUGUUGACGAACAGGUAGACGCCCUAGAAGGUGUCCGCCGUGGCAUAGACGCUGUCGAGGCCGAGGUGCAAGCCGAGUUCAAGCAACUGCUGCACGAGCUCGAUGCUUCGUUUGCUGGCCUCCAGUCCACCCUCGCCGUCCUUCGAGACACUCCUAUAGAGUCCGUUCUCCAGCCCCCUGGCACCCCGCAAAAGCACUUGUACGACUUUAUUGACAGUGCAACCGUUACUAACCUCAAAGACUCUCUCCGCGCCUGCAUAGACCGCUACAAUGAAGCCCGGUCAAAGCUAAGUGAGAGUAAUGAUGCCUUCGACAUGUCUCUUGAUAAUCUCCACUCGUCGAUUGAGAAUGUUCCCAACAGCCCCGCCACAACCUCGAAUCCAAGCCCAAUACCAGUUGUAUAUCAUGACCUCGAGGGCCAUGCUAAAGAGGCUGCCCAGGCAUUCCAGUCUCUAGUUCGACACUAUGACCUCUGUGUCACUGCUUUGAGACAUACUGAGGGUGGAUCCGCUGCCGCUACCCAAGCAACCGGAGAUGCCCCGGUCUCUUCCGCUGAUGAAUUUUCUGCGCCUCCGGAGCCCAUGACUGAGGAGGAGCGGCAAGAGAUGCUCGCUGUGCUCCAAAAGGAUGCCCGCGAGGUGGACGAUGUCGUGUCUGAGAUCCGCGAGCGAGGAUCCGAGAUGACAUACUUACUAUCUCAGGCCGAGGACCAUAUCACUCAUCUCCGAAAUGAGGAUACUGCGCUCAACAGCAUUUUGCGUCUCUUGUCCCAUCUUGCCACCCAAGUCAAAGGGCACAUUGCAACAUCCCGGUCAUUCCAUGCUUCUUGGCUCGAGGAUACGCGGCCAGCUUUGCUCAGCGGCGUCGAAGAGUGGGAAAACCAGCGAGAAUUCUAUGAGCGAUUCGACCUCGCCUACGCUGAGCUGCUUGUCGAGAUAUCGUCCCGAAGGAGGCGGCACGAGAAGGCGAAGCGGAAGGCCGAAGAGGCGCAACGGGAGCUGGAGAGACUGUACGCGGAGGACGAAAAAGCUAGAGAACACUUCACGCUGGCCCAGGGGGAUUUCCUGCCCCUGGACAUCUGGCCUGGCUUAAGAGAUCCACCGAGGAAAUACGAAGUCCGCAUUCUCGGAAUAGAACGAGCUGAAGAAGGCGUAGACGCGCCCGAUGAAGAAGAAGCGGAGCAUGGGGUACAAAGUAUACCUCAGCUCGGAAGGAAUGUGGUAGAACGAGCUUUGACAAGAGUGAAGAGGAGGAUGUGAGAGCAGUUUCCUAUCAUUCGCAUAUAUUCCGUCAAACGCUUACGCUUAUAUGACUAUCGGCGUCAUUGAUCUAGAGGAGGGUUAUCAUAUACUUUGGGAAUUUUGUAAGGCGCUAUUAAUACCCACCCAAGGACAUAUUGGGUAGGACCCUUAAGGUCAUGUAGUGUAGCUCUUUGCAUAGCCGUUUGUAAUCGUGAAGUGACAUUACUCCUGUAGGCAUCACUUCA